CUGCAAUCGAAAGUGAGGUUAUCGAAUUUGAGGUACCACGACUCGAGAGGACCGGAUCGGACGGUGUUUUGGAUCUCCUCAACCCAGCGACGAAUAGCAAUGGCGUCAAUUGCAAGCGGCCUGCGGCAUGCAAGGUGCGCAAGCUCGAUUGCGGCGGCACCAUGGCGAUCAUCAAUCGUUCCACGACCAAGCUUCCAGCUUGCAAUUCGCUCUAUAACCAACGACGUCCAAAAGCCCUCCAACACCGACCUUGAAGCCUCCUCCGCUGCUGAAUCUGUAUUGAUUCCGUACCAGGGCGUGACCCACGCGCGAGUCCUACCGGCAACUCCAUCAUACUUUUCGAGAGAACCUCUAUUCAACGACUUAUACAUUGGCAUCUCCAAGCUGCUCACCAAAUACAACCACCUACCCACAGUGCCCCCCAGCGAGGCUCCGCAGAUGCCAUGGACGAAACUGGAGGAGAUGCGAGCACAGAUGGGAGAACCUAUCAAGUCUUCACAUUACGCAAAAGUUAUGCGGGUGGCUAAGCGCCUGAAUCUCAUUGAGCCCAGUCUACGGCCGGCGGAGGUUACGGUUGCUCUGACGGAGUUUACUCGAGAUAUUAACCCCUUCUUGAACAUGCCGAACCCGAUUCAGAUUGACAAGUUUGGGCGUGCCGUCGGUGUUGGCAAGAGAAAAGAGUCAACUGCUCGCGCAUUCGUUGUGGAGGGUACCGGAGAGAUUCUAGUAAACGGCAAGACAUUGAGCGAGGCUUUUGGUCGCGUGCACGACCGUGAAAGCGCAGUCUGGGCUCUCACUGCUACCGAGAGGCUGGACAAAUACAACGUCUGGGUCUUGGUCGAGGGAGGCGGCACAACAGGGCAGGCUGAGGCUAUCACCCUGGCCGUCGCAAAGGCGCUGGUUGCUCACGAGCCAGCAUUGAAAACUGCUCUAAGAAAAGCCGGUUGCAUUACGCGCGAUCCCAGGACAGUGGAGAGGAAGAAGCAUGGACAUGUCAAGGCCCGAAAGAUGCCUGCUUGGGUCAAACGAUAGAAGCUGCGCGGAUCCGGAUUUUUUUGCGGCGUUUGAAAGCUCGCAUAGGCGAGAUUACGCAGGAUACUUGCGUAAGAACAAGCCCGAAGGAACGGCUUACCUAGGCAUGUUGGCAGCGUUACUGUACCAUCCACAACAAAAAAAAUGUAUUUAUAGAACCCUAGACGUUGCUUCAUGGGGCAAUUGGGUUAUCUUACGUCUUACCCAUGCUUUAAGUAGCAUAUCAUAAUGAAGUAUGACUGGAACAAGC